GGCUGGAUGAAAUGAAAGCAUGAUCUCGUCGAGGGCUGCUUAAGCUGCGAAAGGUCCUCCCCCCCUCCCCUCCCCCGCGGAAAACAAAAUGGCUCUGCCGCUCCCACCGGGCCUUGUGCCUGCAGAAGUCGCCUUCCUGUGCGAAAUGGAAUUGGUCACCAUCGUUCCGCGCCAGCGGCUAGAAAGCAUCGACCUAUUGAGCGGUGCGACACCGGCUCUGCGACCCCCGACACGUUCCAACCUGCCUCUCUGGCUCGCUCUUCUCCUCAAGAAACAACGCCGAGCCAACAUCGUGCCUCCGCAAUGGCUCCACCCCAACUCCCUGGCCGAGAUCGUCCACCACGAGACGAAACGCGACCCCGACGCCUUCUCCCCGCCGCCGCCUCCCCCGAUACGCGCCGACGCCAUGGGCAACGCGCGCCGUCUCGGCUCUGGUCCCGACGAGACCCUGUCGCCGCCCUUCCUGCCGUCCUGCACGGCCGACGCCCCCCCGAACGCGCUGCCCUUCCACUGGUUCGAGCUGGCCGAGGUGCUGCUGGCCCACGCCUCGGACGACAUACCCUCGCCCUCCGAGGUCCGCUCCCUCCUGCGCGACCUGCACGAGGUGCGCGCCGCCAAGAUGCGCAAGAGCACCCAGGACCUGUCCGAGGGCGUCGGCGGCGUCAUGAGCCUCCGCGGCGUCGGCGCCAUGGAGCUGGCCGAGAGCCGUGGCUUCUUCCUCGGCGUGAUCGAGGGCGUGCGGAAGAUCGGCGCGAGCGCCGAGGCCAGCAGGCGCGAGGAGGAGGAGGAGCGCGGCGACGGCGACGGCGAUUAUGACGAAGACGAAGACAUGCUAUGAUACCCCCCCGGCGUUGGAAACGCUGACACCCGAGAGACGUGGCCCUUGAUUGUUUUUUUCUUAUAUAUAAAGUAGGGAGCACGGAUUUUACAACUGGUGCCGUCUUCCGGGAAAGGAAGAGGUCGAACUCGGCCACGGAACCAAGCUCUACCAGACAACCCCACAACGCCAUUCUGGUAUGAAUAUGAGCACUCCUCGUUUCUCUCCCACUACCUCAGGUUAGCGCAAGAUGGACCGCGCCAGCCCCUCGCA